GCCUCCUCCCCUCCAGCCCCGCCCCCCCAUGACUUCCUAAGUACACCCAGGUGAGACACACCAGGGUGUGGUGCACAAAAACAAGCAGGAACCGCGUCACUCCUUCGUUGUCCUCCCACACAGCAGACGGUCUCGACCUCAGCUCUUUGGAUCGUCUCUCUUUAAAAGCCUCUAAAGCUCGACGCCAUGGGGGCCAUGAAGUGCAUCAAGUACAUGGUGUUUGUGUUCAACUUCCUCUUCUGGCUCGCCGGCACCGGGGUGCUGGCCGUGGGCCUCUGGCUGCGUUUUGACACCCGGACAGCGGGACUGUUUAACGGAGAGGACUCGCCCACCGUCUUCUUCACCGGCGUGUACAUCCUGCUGGCGGCGGGCGCUCUCAUGAUGGUCGUGGGCUUCCUGGGAUGCUGCGGCGCCAUCAAAGAGUCGCCGUGCAUGCUGGGAUUGUUCUUCUUCUUCCUGCUCCUCAUCUUCGCUGUGGAAGUGGCUGCUGGGAUCUGGGGUCUCUCCAACAAGGACAGGGUGGUGGAAGACGUCACAGAGUUCUACAAGCAGACGUACAACAACUACAAAGACACCAAACAGGAAGCGUUGAAGGAGACGCUGCGCCUCAUCCACUUUGGACUCGACUGCUGCGGCCCCACGGGGACGGUGAUCGACGCCGCCAAAGAUAUCUGCCCCAAAAAGGAGGGGCUGGAGAUCCUCAUCACCACGAGCUGUCCAGCUGCCAUCGACCAGAUGUUCAACAACAAGCUGCACAUCAUCGGGGGGGUCGGGAUCGGCAUCGGGGUCAUCAUGAUCUUCGGCAUGAUCUUCAGCAUGAUGCUCUGCUGCGCCAUCAAGAAGUCCAGGGACUUCGUCUGAGCCCGACGCCGCGACCCUCCUCUUCACUUUCCUCCCGUUUAAUAGUCGUAACAGCCGUCUCGUAGUUUACAGCUCGGGGUCGUGCAGCGCGGCGCCUGAGAGCGGCUGACUGUUUGGCUUUGUGUGAAUGUAACGGCCUGCAGAGUCAAAUGAACCUUUUGUUUUGUACCAAACGUAAUGAUUUCACACCGUCUGCAGGAAAAAAGAGACUUUGUUGACUCUGCUGCCCUCUGGAGGACGUGGAGGACAUUUCACUGUUGGGAAAUAUCAGUUCUCUGUGUACAAUGUAUAAUAGUUGGCCUAACAGGCUUUUUGCAGCUGACUAAAUUUUUAGUGUGACUUUUUUAUUUUAUUUUUUUGCUCGUUCCUGAAAGUUACAUGUUCUGAUCUAUUUUUUUUUUUUUUUUAAAAAAAGCUAAAUUGGAGUUUUAUGCAAAUAUUUUUGAUUGAAUGCAGUUCAGAUUUAUCUUUAAAAUGCCAAAUAAAUGAACUCCUGAACAGUGA